GGGAGGUGGAGGUUCUGCCCAGUCUUGCUAUCCUGGGACUGUCCCCUGACUGUCACCUGCUACGAGGGCAACGUGCCCAGCAGCGGGCCUGCGACGUGCGAGUUGAGAUACCAAGCAGAGCUAGUUAGGUUCGCGCACACCCAAAAUAGGAUUUUCAUUUUUAGACAUCAUUUGGAACCCCUGCCAGUUUCCAAGGCUUGUGCCUUCUGGCUCUAAAUGUGCAGGACCCGGAGGGUUAGAGGAGGGCACAGUUGGGGCUGGGGGCUGCUGAUUGGUUGUGUGGGAACUUUGAAAGGCGAGGUAGGAAUUCCUAUACAGCGCUGUAAAAUCUGUGAAUCGCGUUUUCUUGAACUCAUCAAACCCUAUUUGCCAGUGAACCACUUAGCCAGCAACCUACAAGGAGGCAGGUCCUUCAAGACCUUAGAUACACCUGAGUAUAGGAGUGCCAUCCAAAUAGCAAGUGAAGAUUCUUGCAUCCAGUGAAGGGAAGGCGCAAGAGGCACAUGAAUCUGUCCUUAAAUAGUAUCUGAGAGGCCAAUAAAUCUCACACCUAAGCACAAGUAAUGCUAGAGGAAUUCGAAGCCAGUACAGAAGAACAACCAGGAAAGCCAAACCUCUUACUGGAUUGAUUCAGCAUCAAACAGUACAGGCCUGACAUACAUGCCCACUCUGGGUCCUAAAUACUGUUUUUACCUCUACCAUUUUAUAGACAAAUCAGGCUCAUAACCCAGACUGAGACACAAGAAAGAGCAAGGAGACAGCCUUGCUGCCAAAGAACAAGAUACUCAAAUAGGUGCAGAACCAGACAUGGCUCAGAUGUUACAACUAUCAGAUGGGAGGUUUAAAACAAGCAUGGUUAACAUGUUAAACAUGCCAGUGGAAAAGACACAUAACAUACAUACACAGAUGGAGAUUUCAGCAGAGGAGGAGUUGGUCCGGGGAAAAAGAACAGUAGAUAGGAAGAGAGGAAGAAUAACUUAAGGGGCCUAUCCGUUGACAUGAAUAAAGCCAGUGAACUUGAAGGAAGUCUAUAGAAAUUAUCCGUAUUGGGGCUGGUGAGAUGGCUCGGCAGAUAAAGGUGCCUUGCUUCCAAGCCUGACCUGAAACUGAUCUCCAGAUCCCACAUGGUGAAAGAAGAUGGCAUCCGAGGCAGAGCCCCGCCCCCUGGGCAUGUUUGAGUGCCAGCUCUGUGCCUUGACAGCUCCUUACAGCUACGUGGGGCAGAAGCCCCCAGAUACCCAGGCUGUUGUCCUCCUGGAGGAGAGCUACAUCAUGAAGGAUCCCUUCUCCUCAGACAAGGCAAGGUUUCUGGUCCUCGGCUCGCGGUGCAGUGUGUGUGGCAGGCUGGUGUGUGUGGACCCGGAUUGCAGCUUGUUCUACUCCAAGAGGGUCUGCCUCCCCUGUGUUCAGGAGAAUAUCAGUGCUUUCCCUCAGGAAAUCAGGCAGGAUGUGGAGAAGAGAAAAGGUGCCUCCAAGAGACCUUCCAACCAUCCCUGACUGCCAUGCACACAGCCUCCUCCUGUGCAGCGCUGGGCUGGUUCAGCCAGGGUUUUCCACUGGGAGCUGUGUAUCUGGCCUUCUCUGAACUGUGGAGUACCUGGAGCCCUGGGAACCGAGGAGGCGGACAAGACAGCGGGAGUGGAUCCAGCUGCAGCUCCAGGACUGGCCUCUACUGGAGGCCAGGAAUGAGGGAAAAGGAGCCUCCUUCAGUGGACAGUUGGUAGACACUCCCGGUAGAUGUACCUGUGGGAGACACCCGGCUUCUCUCAGGACUUCCAAGUAACAUGAUGUCAUCUGUCUGUAGGGAAAUCAGCCUCCAACGGUAUUCAAAGGUUAUGUCACAUUCUGUGUCACAUGUCUGGGAAAUGAUUUAAACCUUGACCUUGUACCAUGUUUAUAAUUAAAGACCUGAAGAAUAAACUAAUGGUUUAAGUAA